CCCAAUCACUUCUCAUUUGAGCCUAGUGCUCCCUCUCAUAUCAGAUCACGCCUAUCGCCUCCCCCUUCCUCACUCGCUGAGUCGCUGCCGGCCCACAUCCGCGAUCCCGAUCGCCGCCUCUCGCCUCGCCGAUUCGCACCGCCGCUCGCUGCUGAUAUGUGAGUAUGAAUGAGAAAAACACUACUUCCGUGCUCAGGCGCAUUUUAGUGAAUUGUGCGGCCCAGGCAAAAGAAUAUGGGAGAUGUGUAGCAGAAAAGGUUCCACAAGUUGAGCAGGACAUGUGUUUGAAAGAAUUCCUCGCAUUAAGGAAUUGCAUGCAGAACACGCUCAGAAGAAAGUUUUAAGUUUGUGGUCUUUGUCGGUAAGGUUUAUAUUGAUACAGCAAGCACCAUCAGUGGAUCUCAGAGAUUAUAGUAGGUGGAGCACACAAAAAAAAAAGCGUGAUUGUUGCUUUAUAAGCUUCCUUGGGACUUGUAUGCUAUAAUGGUUCUUUUACCCUGCCAAUUCCUGUUUCAAGUUUGAAAGGAAAGGAACUACGAAACAUGUUUCGUAAAGCAUCAAGUUCCCAGUUUAGUACUGGUUUUAGUGGAUCUGGUGCUCUGUCACAUGUUUAUAUUCAAUAUCCACCUUUAAGAUGUAGCAUUCCUGGAGCAAGAGGUUUAUUUUAUGAUGAUGGAAAUAAAUUACUAGUCUCACCAACAUCUGAUCAGGUCUUUACAUGGAAAACUUCCCCCUUUGCUCCUCUUGUUGCUUCCACAUCGUUUCCAGUAAACGAAGGGCCGAUUAUAUCAAUUCGAUAUUCUUUAGAUGCAAAAGUUUUGGCUAUUCAACGAUCAAACCAUGAGAUUCAGUUUUGGAAUAGGGAAACUGGGACCACUUUUAGUCAGAUGUGCAAGUCAGAGUCAGAGAGUAUACUGGGAUUUUUUUGGACUGAUUGUCCUACCUGUGAUGUGGUAUUUGUAAAGACCAGUGGGCUCGAUUUGUUCUCUCUCGAUUCUGAGUGGAAAUCACUCCAUUUGGUUGAGACAAAGAGAUUUAAUGUUAGCUGGUAUGUCUAUACACAUGAAAGUCGAGUGGUUCUUCUUGCUUCAGGAAUGCAAUGCAAGAGUUUCAUUGGAUAUCAGCUUUCAUCUGCAGGGAUUAUUCGUUUGCCAAGGUUUGAGAUGGCAAUGGCUAAAUCUGAGGCAAAUAGUAAGCCCGUCCUAGCUGCUGCUGAUGUCCAUAUUGUGACAGUUUAUGGUAGAAUAUAUUGCUUGCAAGUUGAUGGAGUUGCAAUGUUACUCCACUCAUAUAGGUUCUACCGUGAUGCAGUUGUACAACAGGGUUCAUUGCCAAUUUAUUCAAGCAAGAUUGCUGUGAGUGUGGUUGAUAAUGUCUUGCUUGUUCAUCAAGUGGAUGCAAAGGUUGUCAUACUGUAUGACAUAUUCUCAGAUUCCCGAGCACCUAUUUCUGCUCCACUUCCACUCUUGCUAAGAGGUUGUCCUAGGGUCGCCACUUCAUCCUCUCAAUCAAUUAGUAGAGAUGCAGAAACUUUAGAGGCUAAAGAUUUAAGUGAUACGGAAGCAAUCGUCUAUGGAGAUGGCUGGACUUUUCUUGUUCCUGAUCUUGUAUGUGAUGCUGCUAAUGGACUUUUGUGGAAGAUUCAUCUGGAUUUAGAGGCUAUUUCUGCCAGUAGCUCUGAAGUGCCAUCAGUACUAGAAUUCUUGCAGCGACGUAGGUUGGAGGCAUAUAAGGCUAAACAAUUAUGCUUGACAAUAGUAAGCACUAUUAUUCUUGAACGAAGACCAGUGUCCAUGGUUGCUAGGGCAAUAGACAUAUUAGUUACCUCUUAUUCAAAUUCAAUCAAAGUGGGCAGUUAUUUGAAGGGAACGAAAGCAGAGAAGAGUUCACCUUCUGGUGUUCCACAAACAAAUAGCUCUAGUACUAUUGCUGAUGAUUCCACCAGUAGAGUAGAUGCCUCUGGAAAAUCUGUCAAACAUGAAUCUGCUGGUGGAGUGCAUAACGAAUCUAUGAAUAGAUCUUUAACUUUCUCAGCUUUGGAUUCUGAGGAUAAUGCUAGCAUUGAACCCCAAAAAACCAGCUCAGGUGAUCUGCAUUCUUUGGGUGGUAAAAUGGGUGUUGAAACCCAUAGUGCUGGAGUUCAUCAGUCAACUUUACAAUCUCAACUUCUUGGUCCAGGUGACAACCCAUUGAAUGCUAAUGUUACUGACCAUCAAGAGUCCCAAGUUACUUCAGCAGCAAUUUCUCCAGACGAAAUGUACAGCUUUGUAUUUGCUCCUGUAGAUGAAGAGAUGGCCGGAGACUCUUCUUACUUGGUUGCUGUCAUUAUUGAGUUCCUUCGCAGUGCUAAUUUGGAAAAGAUUAAAGUACAUCCAAAUAUUUAUGUGUUGACCAUACAACUGUUAGCCCGCAAUGAGCGAUAUGCAGAAUUGGGGCUGUUGAUCAUAAACAAGAUGCUUGAAUCCUCGAGAGAAGUCGCAAUGCAACUGCUGGAAUCAGGUCGCCAGAAUAUCCAAACAAGGAAGUUGGGUCUGGAUAUGUUAAGGCAGCUCUCCCUACAUCAUGACUAUGUUUUGUUGCUAGUUCAAGAUGGAUACUAUCUUGAAGCUUUACGGUAUGCACGGAAGAACAAGGUGAAUACAGUCCGACCUUCGUUGUUUCUUGAAGCAGCUUAUACUUCAAAUGAUUCACAACAUCUAGCUGCAGUUCUGAGGUUCUUUUCAGAUUUCAUUCCUGGGUUCAAAAGCACUCCAGAUCAUAAUACAUACUGCCGCGUUCUUGCUGAGAUGAAUUCUUCUGUCACUGCUUGAGGUGUCUGAUAAAUGGACAAUUGAUGUAUCGAAUUUCAAGUCACAGUUCCUGUAAUGCUUUGUUGCUAGCAAGGUUUUUGAACAUCCCUUUGUUUGAACCAGGAAAUAAUAGGCAAACUACCUGCGUUUCUUGUGUUUAAUUAAAUCGUAGGUGAUUUCUAUAAUCUGAUUCAGUACUGAAAAUGGUGGGUAUCAUUAUGUUAUAUGAAAAAUUGAGAUGAAAACAAAUAAAUAAAUAAUGAAUUUCAAUCAAA